AAAUAAAAGUACAUCAGAGAACGGAAUUUCAUUUAGAGUUGUGUUGUCCCUCGAUGGAGGGUUACUUGUUUAAUAUUUAUUAAUCUAUCACAUCAAGUGUCAUGGUUUAUUAAUUUAGUUUGUUUUAUUAUUACAUUUUUAAUUAAUAAAUACGACAGUGAGUGUGUUUGUAUCAAUAUUAAAUUAUAUAUUUAUUAAACAAUACGUAUGAAGAAAAAGAAAUUUUUUUAAUACUAGUGAUUGUUUUAUUUAUAAAAAAAAUUGAAAUUAGUAUUUAAAAAUUAGUUCUACAAAGAGAAAUAGAGUUAAUAAAUCAUAAAAAAAAAAUGUUUACAAGUAUUGGAAAAAAAUUGAAAUUAUUCUACAAACCAUAUGCCUUGGCUUUGGUUUCGAUUGGAUAUGUACUUGGUGAACUUGGACAUUAUUUAAUUGGUGUUACGAGUAAAGCAACUGCUAUUGAUUUGCACUAUGGUGAUAUAUCAUGUCAAUUAAAUACAACUCAAUAUAGUCUAGUCGACCUUCCAGUACAAUGUGAAACAGCAUCAAACUCAAGUUUAUGUUUGUCACUCGAGUAUAAUGGAACAAGAUAUUGCGAAUGGAAUUACAAUGGACUUGGUUUCGAUUACCAAAUUUUAGCUGGACCAAGUUUCAUUGCAGUAUUUACAAUUGUUGGUGUUAUUCUUGGAAUAGCAGCUGACAGAUUUAACAGAGUAAGACUCUUGGCAAUGUGCGUGUUUGUCUUCAGCAUUGCAAUAAUUUUGAUGGGUACUGUGACCCAGUACUGGCAAAUGGUACUGCUGAGAAUGCUUCUCGCUGCUGGAGAGGCUGGUUGUAAUCCUUUGGCAACUGGACUUCUCUCUGAUUGGUUUGAUGAAGAACAACGUGGUCUUGUUAUGUCAAUAUUUAAUUGGGGAAUUUAUGGAGGAUAUGGUAUUGCAUUUCCUGUUGGUAGAUAUAUACCAGCUCUAAAUUUCUGGGACCUGGGUUGGAGAGUUUGUUAUUAUGGUGCUGGUGUUAUUGGUUUAAUAAUUGCUGCAAUGACUGGAUUAACACUUGUUGAACCAGCUCGUAAAUCAAUUGGUGAAGAUUCAACUGGUGCUGAUGGUAAAAAAAUAUCAAUUUGGAGUGUUAUUUUACAACCAAGAAUUAUUGUUUUAUGUCUUGCAGCAAGUAUCAGACAUUGUGGUGGAAUGUGUUUUGCAUAUAAUUGCGAUCUUUAUUAUCGUGAUUAUUUUCCAGAUUAUGAUUUAGGAUGGUGGUUAUUUGCUGUUACAAUUGUUAUUGGUAGUAUUGGUGUUGUUGUUGGUGGUGUUGUUAGUGAUAAAUUUGUUGCUAAAAUGGGAAUUAAAUCACGUGUUGCAUGUCUUGCAAUAUCACAAAUUAUUGCAACACCAUUUGCAUUUGGUUCAGUUUAUUUUUCACCACUUUGGGCAAUGAUUACACUUGGAAUAUCAUAUUUCUUUGCUGAAAUGUGGUUUGGUAUUGUUUUUGCAAUUGUCGUUGAGAUUGUACCACUCAGUAUGAGAUCAACAACAGUGGGUGUUUUUCUAUUUGUAAUGAAUAAUAUUGGUGGUAAUUUGCCAAUUCUGGUUGAACCAACAAGACAACUUAUUGGCUUCAGAGAGAGUCUCUAUAUUUACUACGCUGGAUUUUAUGGCAUCAGUUCAAUUAUGUUCUUUUUUACAAUGUUUUUAAUGGAUGGUGCUGAAAAAAAAACAGUUACUAAACCUGUUGAAGAGGGACAUGAUAAUCGUACUUUUACUAAUGAUAAUGGUGGAGUUAUUGAGUUACCAAGACUUCCAGUAAGGUCAUACAACAAUGACUAUUAAAAAAUGAUAUAAAUUACAAUAAAAUAUAUAUUUCUUCAAGUGAUAUUUCUUUUACAAAAUUAACAUUUAUAAUUUCUUUUUUUUUUAUAAUAAUAUUAAUAUUUUAAAAGAAAAUUUGUAUAUAUAAUUAAAUUGAUUAGAAUAAAUUUUAAACUUAUAAAAUUGUUGUUAAUAUAAAAAAAUAAAUUUAAAAAUAAUUUACAAAUGUUUUAUUAUUAAUUAUUAAUAUCAAAAUCAUUUUUUAGUUAUUGAAUAAUUUAAUAGUAGCGAGAGAAAAGUGAACACAAUUUCUUAGCUAAUUAAGAAAACUUUAUGAAGACAUACACGUGUUGAUUUUAGUAUAGAAAUUAAUUUUAUGAUCUUUUUCAGAAUCCUGUAAUAAUUACAAACCAUACAUAACUGAAAAUUUUCAAUUAUUUUCAAUUAUAAGAGUUCACUUGGUUGACUUUACUAACAACUUAAAUAACAGACACCUUGAAUUAAUUUUUCUUGUUGUUAUGUAAUAGCUGUAAAUAAAAUCACAUGAAUGUCGAAACUACGUGAUCAGUCUUAUUAAAUAACAAAAUACCAAAACAAUACUCCUCUUUGACAAAAAAAUACAAUAACCAUCAGUCUAUAGAUUUCGAAAUUUACGAGUCCCUGUUUACUUAAACGGCUGUUAUAUGAGCUGAGAAUAAAAAUAAAUAAACAAAUAGAAAACAAACCUAAACAAUUGUAAUAUAAAUAAAAUAAUUUAUUUAAUUAUUAAAUUAACAAUCUAUAUAAUUUUAACUUGAUGAAAAAAUAAAUAAAUAAAACAUAAAACUUUAAUAUAAUUAUAAACAAAAAUAGAAAAAAAAAAAAACCUACAAGUGUUGGCACAAUUCCAAAGUAUCACACGGCUUCUUGUAUACAAAUCAUUUUACCCAAGAUUAAAAUUUUUAAUUUAUAAAAAUAUACAUAUAUUUUUAUUUAUUGGCUAUUUGCCAAAAUUUUACCUAAAAAACUUGAUUUAAAAAUGAAUUUAAAAUUGUUUUUCUUUAAUUAAUAAAAAUACUAUAAAUUUAUAUUUUAAUUGUUAUAUUAAUAAAAUAUUUUUAGCAUAAAAAUUAUAUAAAAAAAAUUGGCAAAAAAUAUAUUAAUUUAAUUACUUGAUUAA